AUGUCUUUACCUUUGGUGUUUUGUAGGAAAACUGCAAUAGAAGCAGAGCUGAUGAAGUGCAAAGGUGAAGUUCAGUUUCUGACCCAUCAAUUACUGGAAGCUAUCCAGCAAAAAGUGGAACUUUCUCAAGAGUUGGAAGCAUGGCAGGAGGACAUGCAAUUGGUCAUCAACCAACAACUGAAAGCCCAGCAGCAGGAUGAGAAGAAACGUGCUGCUUCUCACACCAAAGAAAAGCGUGAAGCUACAAAACUAUGGAACCCUUUUCAACGAAGCAACAAUAGUGGGUUAACUGAAAAAAGUGGUUUCUUCUCCAUCUUCAACAGAUGAGUGCACUUGUAUUGGUGGGAUAGGUGAGGUGAAAAAUACACUGCGUAGUCUGUUUCUGAACAUGGCAGAAAGCAAGCAAUUUCUUUGGAUUUUAUUUUCAAGGCCAGUUUUACAGCAGGAAGUGGAUUCUUUAGACAUUCUGGAGGUAUCUGCCAUCUGUAUCCUUUUCAGGUCGUAUUUCAGCAUAUAACUUUCUACGCUCAGAGCUGCCAGUGUAAACAGUCAUUAUAUGCCUACAUAAAUGAAAGAUCAUCAUACAUUCAUGUGCCAUCUCAUCUAUCCUGAAGGCAACAUAAAAUAAGCCACUUGUUCAAGGUGGUGUGGCUACUAUUUAGAAACAUUAAAAGCUGCCUCUGAACCUGCACUUGAAGACAGUAUAUCAGUAUACAAAGCACUUACUUGAAAAUCAGCAAAGCAAAUGCAUAGGUUUUCAUGUACGAUGUGCCAAGCUGAACUGGCACUGAUUUUUGAAGUAUACAUAUCCUGAGUUGUUAGAAACAUUAACUAUUCCAGGAUUAUUUAUAACAUGAGCUAAAAAAUAAGCUGUUUGCAUAGAGCAAAGAACAAAAUAUGUUUAUUUUGUACAGCAACUUUGUGCCAUACCAUGUAAUAUUUUUAAUUUAUUGUCAAUGAUGUUGUGAUGUGUAUAUGUAUUCCACAGAAUCUUUAAUAUGGUACAUGUGUUCAUUUUCUCCCAUAACUCUUACCUUUGCUAUGUGGUAAUUACUUAGUACAGCUGUGAUCCUCCAAGGCAGAUGGUUCACAUACACAAUGUACAAUGCAUGCCCACAGAAGUGUCACUGUAAGCAUCCUUGGUAUCAGUCACUCAAGUUUCUCAGCCAAAGGACAAAAAGCAGUACAGAAAACUGCUUUGCUAUGACUGAAGCAUUACAAAAUGGUUGAACUAUACUCUACUGCUGUCACUAGCUUCAACAUAGGACAGCAACUGACAAAUUAUUUUUCUUACUAGCAGUACAGGUGUUGCUUUCUGCAGAAUAGUGUCUUCUCACACACACAUCAAAACAGAUUACCUUAUUCUAUCCAACUUUAGUUAGAAGCCCACGGCUAAUGUAAUAGUCUAGGGAAAAGCCCACUCAGUCAUUCAUUUUCCAAUACUCGCAAAGCUAAAGCUUAUUCCAGCACUCAGUGGGUGUUAAGACAGAGACCUACUCUCGGACUGGGUGCUGGUUCACUGCGGGUCAUGUAAAUACACACACAUUAAGCAAACCUACAGACACACACAUUAAACAAACCUACAGACAGUUUUUGCAGGAUUUCCAUUUCAACUAGGAAACCAGACUACUUGGCAAAACCCCAUGUGGAUACAGGAAAGAUAUGAAGACACAGAAGGCUUGCUCACCAAGAACCACUCUAGAGAACUAAGUCUUUGAAUUCCUUGAAAAUCCCAGUAUUCCUUCUAUACUAAUUCUUCAAUCUUCACAAAUGUUUGACUUGUCUGUGUGGCACCAAAUAGCAGCAUAACCGAACAGUAUCCCAUGUGGUGUGAUAAUGCAUUUCUUGACCGAUAUGAAGACACAGAAGGCUUGCUAACCAAGAACCA